GAAUUAACACGUCUUAAUGACAACUUCCUGUUUGGGUUUCACCUCGCUGAUCAUGAAAAUACUGAGAACGCAAGAUUUUAGUAUAAUUUUAGGUAUAUUUAAUUUCAUUUUAGUAUUUUCGCCAAUCUGUGGCGAUGAUUCAAUCGAUACAGAAGGCGCCGAUCGUUUUAAGAUCGAGGGAAAGGUGACUCUGACGGAUGCUCGGAACUCAGACUGGCUUGGCGUUACUCGUGUUCUUGUAGACGGCGGAGACUAUAUUGGAUAUUUAAGAAGUGAUGGUUCUUUUGUGGUCAAUGAAUUACCUUCAGGGUCUUACGUUGUGGAGAUCUCAAAUCCUAAUUACAUUUUUGAGUCAGCUCGUGUUGACAUUUCACGAAAAGGAAUGGUACGAGCUCGACGAGUCAAUUACUUACAAUUCUCAGACAAAACAUCAAUGUCUUAUCCACUGGACUUAAAGGAUAGACAGAAAGCCAAAUACUUCCAGACCCGGGAACAAUGGAGGAUAACAGAUUUUUUAAUGAAUCCAAUGGUUCUUACCAUGGUUUUACCUUUACUCCUCAUCAUGGUUUUACCAAAGUUGAUGAAUGCUGCAGAUCCCGAAGCACAAAAGGAGAUGCAGUCCCAGAUGAAGGCCUUCAAUGAUAAAUCUACAGUACCGGACAUCUCUGAAAUGCUGGCUAGCUGGUUCCCUAGCACCGACACCAAAAAACCCAAACACAAGGCGAAGAAGAAGUAGUCAUUCAACGGGAUUGUAAAUGACAGAGCAGAGAGGAGUAAAGCGAAGCACGCAUCAUGAGUGAAUGGAGUAGAAGACCCAGUGUGCAUAAAUAUGUUUGUGAGGCUCACAUGUCAGUGUGGUUUUAUUAUUUCCAGAAAAUUUAAAACAGAAGGAAUAUGUGGUUUUAUAUUUCAAAGAUUUGAGAUGAUUUUUUACAUAGUGAACUUCAUUGUUGUGUUGGUUUAUUUCAUCCAUACAGGGGAGGGGGGGGGGUGAAUGUUUCUACAGCCAUUGUUGUAAGGAAUAAUAGCAAGCAAAUAUUUAUUGCAAAAAAAUGUUUUUAACAAAGAAAUCUGAGUAAAUUGUAGAAAGUAAACAGAAAGUUUAGUUUAUGUUUAUUCUCCUUUAACAAAUAUGUAUAUUGUAAUUAUGACUGUAUUUUAAAGAAAAAUUGAUUCUUAUUCAUAUGGCAGAUAAUUGUUUUGCUCUUCUUUCUAAUUAAGAAUGAUAAACAAUUGUCAACACAUUGUUUGUAUAUUUAUUUCAUAAUAAAAUGUUAAAUAACAAAUUUGUACACUGUUUGAAAGUAAGUACUGCAGGGUCUAAACUCAAUACAUAAUGGACACUUUAAAGCAUGCAAUGAGAAGUAGUCGUCUACAUUUUGUUGUGUAGAAUAUACAUUGGUGGCCAGUAUAGUCUGACCUAGUCAACAGCCAUUUAGUUAUCACCGAAUUAAAUAUAUAUUGCCUUUAGUUCAUUUUUAAAUUGCGUAGAUAAACAAGCAGAAUACAAAGCAGCACUUUCAAGCAGGUAUACAUUCAAUUGAAGUUCGUUUAUGAUACAUGUAAUAAAUAUCACUACUGUAUAAAUAGAAAAGUUGCUCCAUAUCACGAUAAAAAUAGAUAUAAAUCUUC